GUUCCAAAAAAAAAAAAAAAAAAAAAGAAAAUGUGCAAAAAUAAAACGAAACUGUGAUAAAAUAACAUUAAUUAAUAGGAAUUAAUUUAGUUUUUAAAUUAUCGUCUAAAAAUAUUCAAUAGCUUUUUUAAUAUAAUGAAAAUUAACCAAUGUACAAACUUUUCCAUUACAUGGUUAUUUAUAAUUGUGACAUUUUUAACUCGCAAGAUUUUAUCUUGAAUAAAAUUUCUGAUAUUUAUUUUGCAGUGGUUAGAAGUGAAAUAGAAUGUUAUGAGUGUACAGUCCAUCCUCCAGAGAGAUACCUUAAUAAAACUACAAAGUUAUGUUCAAAAUUUGAUUUGUCAGACCAUUUUAAGGUUCAUUGUCCUUAUUCUACAUUUUGUAUGAAAAAAUCUUUUCAGCUAGAAUUGCCUGGUGGAAAAAUUGUAAAAGGAGCAGUAAGAGGAUGUGCUCCACAAAAGUAUGAUUAUCAAGUUUUAAGGGAUGGAAAAUGGCAUGCUGAGUCAAAAAUUUUAUAUGAUGCAUAUAAAAGUGGAUGUUUAUCCGGUGAUGAUGAUGAUAAACUAAGAACUUCUGAUACAGAAUUUUGCUACUGCGAUAAAAAUUUAUGUAAUAAAGCUAAUCAACCAGUAAAUAAUUUGUCUAACCACUCAGACACUAUAGCAGUUAUUAUAAUAUAUAACAUUAUGAGGUUUCUUAAAACUCAUACGCAACCAGCAAUGUGAAUAAACACAUAACACAUAACAUAUAGAAUAAAAAAGGAACAAAAAUUAUACCUCAAAAGGUUUUCAAAAUAUAACAGAUUUUAAAUAAAUGAAUUAUAUACUAUCAUAGUUUGAGUAAUAGUUAAACAACAGAUAUAAAUAAUGAAAGCUCAAUAAAUCAAUUUGUGUACUAUUAUAACAUUUUAAUUUUAUCAAAUUAAUAUUUUUACAUUAUUAAAAUUCAUCAUUUUUAUCAUAAAUUUAUAUGACAAUAAGAAAAACUUAUUAAAUAUUUUGUUUCAUUAAGUGACAUUUCUUGGCUGUGUUUUAUACAUUAAUUU